GGAUAUUUGAUGAGACAGGAUCCAAGAAAAGAAGGCCGUUCCUCGAUAAUUGGUGUAGUAACUCACAAACAAAUUCUCCCUCUCCCUCUCCCUCUCCCUCUCCCACUCAACCCAUAAACCACUCUCCAAAAUACACUCUGUUACAGUCGUAACGACAACGACCCAUGUAGUCUCGUCCUACUCUAUCCACAUUCCAAACCCCAUUCUCAACUUGUAAAUAUUUCAUUCAUUUUCGCCGACUCCGAUUUAUCUCCAAUUUUUCAAGACCACAAUGGUCGCCGGCAAAGUUAAAACGGCAAUGGGAUUGCAGAAAUCGCCAGCUCAACCGAAGCCCAAGCCCGACGCCUCCACGCCGAGCUCCGGCAAGCACCACCCGCAGGGCCAGAAAGGCUCCGCUGCCGCCUUCUCCCGCUCCUUCGGCGUCUACUUCCCACGCUCCUCCGCGCAGGUCCAGCCGCGCCCACCGGACGUCUCCGAGCUGAUCCGCUUGGUCGAGGAGCUGCGCGAGCGGGAGUCACGCCUCAAGACGGAGCUCCUCGAGCAUAAGCUGCUCAAGGAAUCCGUCGCGAUCCUGCCGGUGCUCGAGAGCGAGAUUUCGAGUAAGGAUUGUGAAAUUGAACGGUCUAGGAAGAAGAUCGAGUGCUUGGAGGUGGAGAAUGAGCGGCUGAGGAAUGAAAACGAGUUCCUGCACAUGGAAUUGACGAAGCAGAAUCAUAAAUACGAAGAGAAGAUCCAAUACAUGCAGGCGGAAUUGUGCGAUAUUAAGCGAGCGGUGGCGGAGCACGAAGAAACGACGUCGUCUUCCUCCUCCACGCCGAAGCUCGUCGAUGUGACCAACAAUUAUCACAAAUACAAUUUCGGGGCCAAGGUUCUGCGGAAAUGCGUGACGCAGAGUAACAUUGCGGCGAAUUUCUGCGAAACCGUCACGAGCUCGAAGAAGGAUGAGCUCAGCGGCGCGGCGGAGAGCGCCGAGCCGUCUCGGCAUUCUCGGUGCGAUUCCGAGGAGAUUCCAGAAACUUCCGAGGCGUUAAUGGCGAUACGAUCCCGCGCGCCGCGGGUUCCGAAGCCGCCGCCGCGGCCGUCUUCACUCCUGUCGUCGUCGUUUCAGUCUUCAUCCGUCUCUUCGCCGUCGUGCGGCUCUCUUUCCGAUUCAGCUGACCGCGCAUUGGCUGAGAUUUCAAACAUUCCGCCUCCGCCGCCACCUCCGCCACCGUCGGUGAAACCUGCGGCACCGCCUCCUCCUCCGCCGCCGCCUCCGGCGCAAUCGAAUGCCCCUGCGCCACCUCCUCCUCCACCACCGCCGAAGGGGAUUAAAUCGAAGGCGGCGUUGGCGAAGGUCAGGAGAGUUCCGGAGGUGGUUGAGUUUUACCACUCGCUGAUGCGGAGGGAUUCGAGCUGCAGACGGGAUUCCGGCGGCAACUCCUCCGAUGGGCUGUUGGCCGGAGCUGCGGCCAAGGAUAUGAUAGGAGAAAUCGAGAACCGUUCUUCACAUUUACUCGCGAUCAAGACAGAUGUGGAGACCCAAGGAGAUUUCAUCAGAUUCUUGAUCAAAGAAGUUCAAAAUGCUGCUUUCACUGACAUUGAAGAUGUUGUCUCAUUUGUUAAAUGGCUUGAUGAUGAGCUUUCAUAUCUGGUUGAUGAGAGGGCUGUGCUGAAGCACUUCGACUGGCCGGAGCAGAAGGCUGAUGCACUGAGAGAAGCUGCAUUUGGGUACUCUGAUUUGAAGAAGCUGGAGUCUGAAGUUUCGUCGUUUCAUGAUGAUCCUAGACAACACUGUGGUCCUGCUCUCAAGAAAAUGCAGUCCCUCUUUGAGAAAUUGGAGCACAGUGUUUAUAAUUUGUCGAGGAUGAGGGAACUGGCUACGAAUAGGUACAAAGUUCACCAUAUUCCGAUGGAUUGGAUGCUGGACACCGGUUUUGUAAGUCAGAUCAAGCUGGCAUCUGUGAAAUUGGCAAUGAAGUACAUGAAGAGAGCAUCGGCAGAGCUCGGAAUGGUAGCCAGUGGCCCCGAAGAAGAGGAGCUCAUAGUCCAAGGCGUCAAGUUCGCCUUUCGAGUUCAUCAGGUAAUACUUUUUUUUUGUGUCCGUUCAUGUUUCACUCCACCAAUAUACGCAGUUAGUAUAACAAAACCCGGAAAUGGGUUCGGGUUUUAUUCUCAGUUUGCGGGCGGGUUCGACGUGGAGACUAUGAAGGCGUUUCAAGAACUGAGAGAGAAGUUUCAGUUGUGUCAAAAUCUACACCAACAGAAAUUCGUUUGCAGGUCCUCUGCUAGUCCCUGCUGAUUCUGUAGCAAACUCAGCUUCAGAAAACGGCUUCCUCUUUUUGUUGUUGUAUAAAGAGUUAAAGAUUUGUGAAUACAGUUGGCCGCAGUUAUCUUGCGAUCCAAAUAUAUUUAUUUAAAAUCUUAAAUCAAUAAAUGAAAAUUUGUGACAA